UUAUUUCUUUUCUCUUUUACGUUAAUUUGUACGGUAGACAUAGCUGUGACAACCACCCUCCAGAUCUCAAUGCAAAACAUUCUCUCCCUCCAUCCAAACCACCAUCCCACGCCAACCUUUCCUUUUUCUUUUUCCUUUUGAUUUUUGUCCUUGUUGCCUCUGUUAUAAUUUUAUCAAUUGAGACGAAAAAGAUGAGAUUUUUCCUUACCAGACUUCAAAAAGAUUAAAUUUUUCUUUCUACUGCCCAUAGUUUAAGAGGCCAGAGGUCAGUUUGGGGUGGGGGAUAUGGGAAAGAGGAAGAGACAGAAGGGAAAUAUAUUCACAGAAGACUCCAACUUGCACAUAACCCCUUUUGAAUGCUUUACAGCGCAUAAAAUAAACCCCCUUUUCUCUCAUUCCUUCCCCCUUUUCUUUUUUUUCAAUCUCUAUUCAGCUCUUCCGAUCCCCACUUUUGUUAAUUGUUUUUUUGUUGAUGGGCACCACAUUCUUGAGUUUAUCGCUGUCAAUGGGCUUUUCGUGGCUUCUCUUUUGAUGGGCUGGUGUGUUUAGGCCUUGUGAAGAAGAAAACAGUCUCCUUUUAUGCUUUGAUUUCACCUGGUGUGGGCUUGGUAGUGAAGCGAGGGAGAAGGAAAGGAGAAGAAGAAGAAGGGGAGGAAGAAGAAGGGGAAGGGAAAGAAACAAGAACAGAGUCUUAUACCGAGUUGGCGCUGCGUCACCGUCUGUCGGCAUUGUCGGCACUCAGAUGAUGAUUGGAAACGUGGGGGAUUCAAAUAAAUUAUUGUGGGAUUUUUAAGUACAGAUGAGAUGCCUACGGCUUAACUGGCCGGUCGGCUAUAGCGAACACCAGCAACUUGAGGAAGCGAUCAAAGGGCUGGGAUUCAGCGACGACCACUUGGGGCAUAUCCUCAACUGGCCUUGGUGAAUUGGGCAUAUAGAGUGCUGUUCUGGGGGUGGUUUUGCAAUUUCUGGUUUGGUUUCUUCAUUUGAGUAAUAUCUUUGUUCCAAUGUGGACAAAAAGAUUUACUUUUGGUGCGCUAGCAAUAUGUGAUUUAAUCAGGAUGAUGAACGAAUGAAGCGAUGCAGUCACCAGCUGCAGACUUUUAGUUUGAGAAGGUUUCAGGUUCAAUGUAUAGGGAGGCAGAUUUUCCAGCCACCAUUCAACUGUACUGAGGUGGACCCAUGUUAGGGAUUCUUGCAGCAGCUGUUGGAGGUGCUGCAGGAGCCAUGGCAUUGGUAGGGAUAGUGAUCAUUUUUGUAUGGUACUGCCUAUUGCGUAAGAGGAGUGUUUCGAGAACCUCACAGACCAAUUCAUCAGAACCAUCUCUACAAGGACAAAAUAUUGAAUUGUCUUUCAGUGGAGGUGUCUCUUACCCACCAGGCUUGCAAGAAGCAAGAUGCUUUACUCUGGAGGAAUUGAAUGUGGCUACAAAGAAUUUCAGCAAUAUCAAUCUGAUUGGUUAUGGAAUGUUUGGAGAAGUCUUCAAGGGCUUGCUUCAUGGUGGAAUGAUUGUAGCUAUUAAAAGAAGGCCAUCUGCUCCACGUCAGGAAUUCGUUGAAGAGGUACAUUACUUGUCAACUAUUCGGCAUAGGAAUCUUGUGAGCCUUUUGGGUUACUGCCGGGAAAAUGAUACGCAAAUGCUUAUCUAUGAGUAUGUACCAAAUGGCAGUGUUUCCACUCACUUAUAUGGUUCCGGUCAGGUGGUAAGUGCAAGGCUAGAAUUCAAGCACAGGCUCUUGAUAGCCCAUGGGGCUGCUAAAGGUCUGGGUUUCCUGCAUUCUAUGAAUCCUCCUCUUGUACAUAUGAACUUCAAAACAGAAAAUGUUCUUGUAGAUGAGGACUUCAUACCAAAAGUUUCAGAUGCUGGGCUCCAAAGCUUACUUGAUAGAAUUGAUGAUGCUGGUCCAUCUUAUCGAAUGACAACAGAUGAUCCUUUCCUCGAUCCUGAGGUGAAGGAAUCUGGAAGAUUUUCUGUAAUGAGUGAUGUAUAUAGUUUUGGAGUGUUUCUUAUGGAGUUAGUAAGUGGACGGGAAGCUAGAUCUGACCAACGCAUCAUUGAAUUGGGCAGCUUGGGAGUUAAUUCUACCCAAUGUCUAGUCCUCAACCACCACCCCAGAAUUCUUGGUAUCUUUAGCAUGAGAAGUAGAUCUCUUGCCAAGUCAGCUUCUUAUAAGACCAGGCCUUGGUUUUAUGUGUUUAUAUGCAUGAAAAGUUUUAUUCAGCUAGCAAUAUAGUAUCAAACUGUGAACUCAGCUCAUGUGGCAGUUUAAUUCAGUUCGGUUGUCUAUUUCUAUAGUGCAGACUUGCAAUUUUGGAUUCUGAAACUGCAGUUUUCUUGAUAAACAAUCAUUUGGUUCUGAAGGCACAAAACUAUCAGGAGCCACAUAAUAUUUCUACCCUUGUCGAUCAAAGAAUGGGCAGCAGUUUUACCUCUGAAGGCAUGAAUGAGUUCUUGAGGCUAAUAGCUUGGUGUUUGAACCCAUCUAGCAAGAGACGUCCACCCAUGAAUUAUGUGGAGUUGGAACUUGACCGGAUACAUGAGAAAGAAAUGAGCCUGACCACCAUAAUGCCUGAAGGUGGUACUACUGUGACUCUUGGAAGCCAGCUGUUUACUGCAACAUAACUGAGAGGAUCUCCGGUUCUGCCUGAAGUGUAUAUCAGAUCUUUGAGCUUGGUUUUGGAAUUGUAAAGUGGAUCAUCAGCCUGCAAGUGUAUAGAAAGAAUAGCUGUAUAAUUCCUUUAGUUUUUUUCACCAUAAAUGUUAGUCAUGUUGUACAAAAACUGUUUUUGUUGUUAUACCCAUUUAUAUGAUUGAUGUUGGUGUUGAUUCAAAAUUCAUGUAUGUUUAUUAUGUAUGUGGACAGGUUUAUCAUCGUCUAAAUCUAAUGAAAUUCUAUUUUGGUUACUUUUAA